UCACAAAAUUUUCAGCGCUCUUCAUUUUUCCUUUCUCUCUUCUCUGUUCUCUCUCAGUUAAAAUUUUCAUCUAAAAGAAAAGAGAUCAAAAAUAAAAGAGAGAGGGAGAGAAAAGGGUUUUCAUUUGCUGGUUUUUUGUGCGUUCUGCUCAUGUUUUCCUUUCUAUCUCUCUCUACACCUCCCUAACAGGUGGUAUUAGGGUUUGAUUGAGAGAAUAUUGCUCAGCUGCAGAUUCCCUAAAUUUGAUUUCUAGGGUUUUGUUGCUGUUUCUUGAUUAUCUAUCCAAAGUGCAAUAAUCAAUAAAAUUCAUAAUAAGUUGUGGGCUCAAUGAGUCUUUUUGGUGAAUUGUGAGAAUGGGUGGAGGGGAUUAAGGAAAAAAGUAUUUGAUUUAUCACUGGUUAGGGUUGAAAUAGCUGCUGAGAGGUGUUUGGUGAGGUUGGUGUUAGCACUGUUAGGGUGUGUAAAAUAUGAUAAAACAGAUACUUGGAAAGUUACCGAGGAAACCAUCUUCAAAAUCUACGCCAAGCGGAACGGUUAAUAAUGAUGGAGGGGUUGUUUUAGGCGCUUCUUCAAUGAAUUCAUCUCAAGGAGUGAAUACUGCUGGGGCAGGUAAUAAUAACUCGAAAGGAAGUUCAACUUCCGGGAAAAUUUCUAGUUCAACAGCAACUGCUUCCCGCUCUAACAAUUCAUCUUCUGUGUCGAAUGCCUCUAGUACGAAUAAGUUGAAAGAUGGGAAAAAAUUUGCAGCUGUUGCUCUCCAAACAGGGCAGGUUUUGGUUAACGGUGUUUAUGAGGCAUUACCCAGCUUCCGAGAUGUUCCUAGUGCUGAAAAGCAGAAUCUUUUUAUUCGGAAGCUGAACAUGUGUUGUGUUAUAUUUGACUUCACGGAUCCGUCGAAAAACAUCAAAGAAAAGGAUAUCAAGCGGCAAACCUUGCUUGAGCUGGUCGACUAUAUUACAUCUGUUACCUCCAAGUUUAAUGAGGUUGUUAUGCAAGAAAUUACGAAGAUGGUGGCCACUAACUUAUUUCGCACAUUUCCAUCCUCAAAUCACGAUAACAAGUUCCCAGAGAGUUAUGACCCAGAAGAGGAAGAACCCACUAUGGAACCAGCAUGGCCCCACUUGCAGGUUGUGUAUGAGUUCUUACUUAGAUUUGUUGCUUCUUCAGAGACAGAUGCCAAGCUAGCGAAAAGAUACAUCGAUCAUUCAUUUGUAUUGAGGCUGCUAGACCUUUUCGAUUCCGAGGACCAGAGGGAGAGAGAGUAUCUAAAGACGAUACUCCAUCGUAUUUAUGGGAAAUUCAUGGUACACCGUCCAUUCAUCAGAAAAGCCAUUAACAAUAUCUUUUACCGUUUUAUCUUUGAGACGGAGAAGCACAAUGGGAUUGCGGAGUUGCUUGAGAUUCUAGGAAGUAUAAUUAAUGGAUUUGCAUUGCCGCUAAAGGAAGAACACAAACUAUUCCUUGUACGGGCAUUACUGCCUCUGCACAAGCCAAAAUGUGUAUCGAUGUACCAUCAACAACUUUCUUAUUGCAUCACUCAAUUCGUUGAAAAAGACUUCAAACUUGCGGAUACAGUGAUAAGAGGCCUUCUGAAAUACUGGCCAAUUACUAAUAGUUCGAAGGAGGUUAUGUUCCUGGGUGAGCUGGAGGAAGUUUUAGAAGCUACGCAGACAGCAGAGUUCCAGCGCUGCAUGGUCCCUUUGUUUCACCAAAUUGGCCGCUGCCUCAACAGCUCACACUUCCAGGUAGCUGAACGCGCAUUGUUCCUUUGGAACAACGAUCACAUUAGAAACCUUAUUACUCAGAAUCAGAAGGUGGUCCUUCCCAUAAUCUUUCCGGCCUUGGAGAAAAAUACAAGAUUGCACUGGAACCAGGCUGUUCAGAGCCUGACAUUGAACGUCAGGAAAAUUUUCUCAGAUGCUGACCCAGAGCACUUUGAGGAAUGCUUGACCAGAUAUCAAGAAGACGAAUCUAAGGAGAAAGAAAUAAGGGAAAAGCGUGAAUCAACGUGGAAGCGAUUGGAAGAUGUUGCAGCAUCCAAGGCUGUGAGCAUCGAAGCAGUGCUCGUGCCUCGGUUGACGUCAUCCCUUUCCUUGGGUGGUACCACCACAAGCCCAAGAGCUGCUAAUGGUAGUUGAAUGGAUGGUGCCAAGGUUGUAUGAGUUAUUCUUGUUGCUAUCUCCGUACUAAAGACCGGAGAGAAGAGUUCCUGUACGGAUGAGCUCCUCUACUUCGCCUCUAUUUCAUUCUUCAUGAUGAGAAUGAACCCCACACCUGCACGCCCGAAGAAGAUGAAGCAGAAGGCGGGUUUUGUUCUGUGGCCCUGAGUUUCAGUCUUCUCCUCUGUUUAAGUUUUUUUUUCUUCUCAUCAGCCAUGGAAUGUGUAAGUGUGUGUAUCAUAUUGGGAUUUGGUUUAGGAGGUGGUGUUUCUGCGGAUUUCCUACCUUUUGCUGCUGCUGCUGGUAUUAUCUUUAUUUUGUGUAAUACUGGAAGAAAAAAUGUACCUGUUUUCCUUUCUUU